GCUCUCAUCACUCGGUUCCGAAUCCUCCAUCACCCUUAUUCACGAUUUUCGGACUCGGUCAUGGCAAAGAACAAAAAAGUGAAGGAGAAAGAGAAAGAAAAGGAGAAGGAGAAGGAGAAACCAAGGCUCGAAGAGGUACCGGAGGAAGUGGAAGAACCCGAGGAAGAGUUCCAUGACUACAGCGCCGAGGAGGAGGGGGCAUUAGGAUACGGCGAAUACGAUGGCUGGAACGCGACAGGUGCUAGCAUCAAACCACCCGCGCAGGACAUGGGCGUUCCGGGCGGGUGGGGCGCGGCCGAACCGGGCUGGGAGCAGGCAUCACCCGAGUGGGGCACAGGCGCUGUCUCCGGAGGCGCAGCGCCCAUCCCGCCGCCUGCUGCCACACACGCGCCGAUCCCACCACCCGCUCAAAUGAAUCCACCAAUUCCGCCCCCAGCCCAACUGCAUCCGCCCUAUCCCGUCGCCGCACACGCGGCAGCGAUUCCCGCGACUAACAGGGCACCCCCAAUACCGUCUGCUAAGAACCCAGCCCCGCCAUCCAAGGGCCAUCAGAAGGUCGCGGCCAAGGGCUGGGAGGGUUGGGGUGCGGAAGCGGGCGGCCAAAAUUGGGGUUCCGGAGCUGCAGAAUGGAGCACCGGCGGUGGCGCCCCUCCUCCCAGUCCACAGCCAGCUGUGGCCAGUGGAUGGGCCCGAGCGGCUGAAGCUCAGUGGAAGACCGCCCCUCCACUCGCCGCGUCGGCUCCAAAGCAGUGGUCCGUGCCGACGGUUCCCGCUGCUGCCGCCGCACCGAAGACAGGCCACUGGACAACGUGGGGUGAAGAGUUGAAGCGAUUACCAAAAUCGACUUCCAUGGGAGCUUCCGCUUCCGCUUUUAUGCCCGUUCCCGCUGCUUAUCCGGGUGCUGCCCCCGUGAACAAGCAGCAACAAAACCAGAUGCUCUACGCGCAGGCGCAGUCUGAGAUGAUGAAGGGAAUGUUCAGCCACCCUGGACGCGACGGCCGCGCGGUGGCGUUUGAGGAGCCCAGGUCGAGCCCCCACCAACAGCCGUAUCCUGGAUUGUACGCGCAGCCUCAGCCGCAGUCCAAGAAGAACAAGCAGAAGAACGAUGGCUGGGGAGCACCCACUGAAGCGGCUGGGGGAUGGGGUGCAGAGGGUGCUUGGGGAGACGGCGGCGGCGGCGGCGGCGGCGGGGGUUGGGGAACUGGUGGUGGUGGUGGUGGUUGGGGCGAUGCUGGUGGCGGCGGUGAUUGGGGCGGCAACGAUUCAGGAGGCUGGGGCGCCAAAGACACUCCCCAUGGCCUAGGGUCCAAAGCUGCCGCGUGGGGUAACGAAGUUGGUGGCGGGUGGGGGAAGCAGACGGGUGGAGAAUGGGGAAACGAAACCAAUGCGGGAUGGGGAAACGAAGCUGGUGCAGGAUGGGGAAAGGAAACUGGUGGAGGAUAUGGCGCUACGGGAGCGAACGACUGGGGCGGCGGAGGCGGAGGCGGUGGAGGCUGGGGCAACGGCGGCGGCGAUGACGACUGGGGCGACGAGGAAUACGAAAGUGAAUACACCGAGUCUUCCGAAGAGGACGACGACCGAAACGGAAUGCAUUUCAGCAAGCCGUCAUCGAAUCUCUGGGGCGGGCACCAACGCGACUCGACGUAUCAAAUGCCCUCGAAAACGCUGGCACACGCCUACAAAGGCACGGCGACGCCCCUGUUCACAGGCUUGCCUCGAAACAAGAUCAGCGAAGGGACGGACAUUCGUUUCAUCGAUUCAAAAGGGGCGGCACUAAAACCCGUGGAACAAGCCAUCUUCGGGCGAACGCGAUACGCGCGAGAUCGGAUCCACUGGAUGUUCUCGCCUCAGAAGGAUGAGCGCGUUGCCUCGCUGCUGUCCUGGAUCGAAGUCGUGUCGUACCGCCUCGCAGCGUAUGGGCUGCACCGCUUCCUGCAGAGUCGCGAGCGGGGUGCACUGCUCGUCAGCGCCGAAUACAGGCCAAUCAACCACCCUCAAGAGCCGGCGUUCGACUGGUUGACGUUCGACCAACUGCAGGCGUCGAAGGACAAGAUUCUGCAAGAGUCGGUGGCCUUUUACGAUCCUGCCGUGAUCUGCGUCGUUUUCGUCUAUCUACCCUCGAAGAGCGGCAACAGCGUCGCGAUGUGGCGCCGCAAGAUCAGAAUCGGCAACGAGACGCGCGCGACGCGGAUAAACGAGAUCAAGCUGGCAAUGGCUGGGCUGCGGAAACAAAAGGACUAUGUCGUGCACGUGGACGAGUCGGUGACCCGCUCUCCCGAGACUUCAGCGUCUGACGCGGCCAGCAGACUACCUCCUGGUCAUAAGAAAGCUGCGAAUUCUGGUAAAGCAGCUGCGACGAAAGCUACGAAAGCUACGAAAAAGCAGGCAGGCUACUCCAGCUCUGCCCGUCCUUAUGCCCCUUACGAACCUGCCUCCGCGAAGAAACCCAAGAAGCGGAAAUGGUGGCAGUUUUUCUGAUACCUCUUGUUUUGAUGGUUGCUUUUUUGUAUUGUGGUUAUCUCCUGCUAUCUGUGUAAAAUCUAGAUGUAUCCUUGUAGUCGCUUUGUGUAAAUCUGUACAUGACUGAUGCAGACGAAUGAACAAAUUGAUGAUUUGAACGUUUU